AUGAAUGGGUGUAUUGAUUUUGCUGCUCUUCGGAAGAAAGCUACUGGAGGUGCGAAAAAGCAAGCGAAGAGGGAUCCUUUGAAGAAAGCGAAAUCCAGUAGUAGCAAAUCGCGCGAAGUGACCCGCGUGGAGGCUCUGCAUGCAAGCGGAGAUGAUCGUGAUCAUAAUGUUGAGGGGGGUGAGUUGGAUCGAUUGGUUAAUAAUGGGGAGGAUGAGAUGGUUGAGAUCGAGUAUGUGCCUGCACCGAAACGGCCUCGAGUGGAUCCUGAGGUUUCUCAUGUGCCUCCAGGGGGUGCAGGCAAAUGCUUGUUCACGUAUGGGGUGAACCGAGAGGGGAAGGAUUCUUUUUGGGAUACGACCGAUCAUACUAUCGCGCUGAAGAAGACUGAGGGUUUCGUUGGGGAGUAUGACCGAAGUCGGAUGUCGGGUAAAGGUCGUGCUCAUAUGCUUUCGUUGGCUGGCGGAGACAUGUGUCGGCUUAUAGCUACGUGGAGGUAUCUAGUGGAGCAGGAGGAGCAAGUCGAAAAGACCCAUGAUGAGGAGCGUGCUGGUUGGGAGGCAAGGGAGAAAGAGCUAAAGGCUCAAUUGGAGGCUGCGGAAACCAAACUAGAGGUGGCCGAGACUCUGCUCAUUCAGAGGACCGAUGAAUUGGAGAUUAGUAGGAGCGAGACCGAGGCGAGUAAAAUUGAACUGAUGAAAUUAGAUCGGUGCUAUGACGAGCUGAAGGAGAAGUAUGAUGCUGAGAAGUUGACGGGGAAGAGGUUUUUGGCUUCCUCAGCUGGAGCUGCUUACAAGGAGUCGGUUAUGUUAGAAGGGGAACGUCGUUUUCAGAAGAGUGAAGUCUGUCGAGCUAUGAUCGAAGAACGAGCAAUAGAUGGGGUUUAUGCUCCUUUGGUUAGGACGUGUCGUCAGUACUUACGCAAGGUAGGUGGUAUUGACGAGAAGAUUAUUCGAGGCAUGGAGGAGGACAUUCCAGAUGAUGGAGAGGAUAUUGAUGUCGAGUGUACUGAAAUUGCCUCGGAUGCGGAAGCGGAUGACCGAACUACCGAAGCUACUUCUGCUCGUAAAGUGUAG